CGAUAGGCCAUUGUGCAGCUCUAGUGCGACGUAAAUGAACUACUACUACUACUACAAGUCAUACUUAACGUUACAAAUAAACGUAAACAAGCAAAAAAGUAGUUCCCAAUAAAACACAACACUUUCUGGCAUGCGUUCUUCAUAGUGCAAUGUUUUAUUACUUGAUUAAAUAAAUGUAAGUAUGGAGCCUUAGAACACCGCUAGUGCUAAGAAACUUCUGCAAACAAAAUACGCUUAUUGAAAUUUGAGAUAGCUGAGAAAUGAAACUGUAUGUACAGAACUUUAUUUACCGGUUCACAAUGCAUAUAAUAUAGCACCAAAUGAUAUGUUAUGUUAACUAUAAAUUAAUCUGAGAAUUGGCGGUUUUCAAUGUUUAAUAACAUUUUUCGUUUUUGCUAAAUGGUACAGAAAAAAAAACAGGAUUUGAUGGGAAAGUACUCUAUUGAGAAUCUAUUGAAGUUUUCAGAUCGUGGAGCUUCUAGUUUAGCCACAUCAUUGUUAGAUGAAAUAGUCAGCAGAGAUGAAGUGGAUGAAAUCAAACCAUUAUAUAAAUGGGCAAAUUAUAAAAAAGGAGGACAACUUAUUGAACGAUAUUUGUUGGAAGGUGUUAAAGAAUUAGAAAGUAUCGUUCUUAAUGAACUCAAAAAAUUCAUGUAUUGCGAAGGGGAAGGAAAAGACAAGCUGGAUGGUAAAAUAUGCUGGAAGCUUGAUGAACGAGGCUUGUUGGGAGAAUCAUUGCUUCAUGUUUUAGUUAUAUGCAAUACGGAUGUUCAUACAGAUAUUGCAUUGUACUUACUUGAUCAUUAUCCAGUAUUGUCACAAGAUAUUGUUGAAGGAGAAGAAUAUUAUGGAGCAACUGCAGUUCAUUUUGCAAUAGCGUAUGAAAACUCCAAGUUAAUGAAAAGAUUGGUUGAGAUUGGUGGAAAUAUUCACGAGAGAGCCAGAGGAAAAUUUUUUUUGCCAAUAGAUCAACAAUGGCCUAUACCUAGAGCUAAAACUAAUUUUGAAGGUUUAAGUUAUUUUGGAGAAUAUCCACUUGCUUGGGCAGCUUGCUGUGAUGAUGAAUCCAGCUAUAACUUACUAGUGAAGCAUGGAGCUGAUCCAAACUUACAGGACACAUAUGGCAAUAACAUAUUGCAUGUUCUAGUAAUUCGUGAUAAACUAAAAAUGUACGGAUAUGCUCUUCGCCACCCAAUUAAACCAGCUUCAGAUCGUUUAUGCAACAAUUUCGGUUUGACACCUUUAACUUUGGCUUGUAAGCUAGGGCGGAACACCAUUUUUCGUGAAAUGUUAGAAUUUAGCUCCUUGAAGGAAAAUGUUCCAAUUCUCGAAGCUUGCCAGACGUUAAUGAGGGAAAAAAAAAGAUAUAUAAAUUCUGCAUUAAUGAUUAUUCUGAAAGGAAAUUCAACGGAACAUUUAGAUAUGUUAGAAGGUGGCGUAAUUCAGAGGUUGCUAGAAGAAAAAUGGAAGACGUUUGCACAACAUUAUUUUUACAUGCGUUUAUUGCUGAUGUUACUACAUUUACUGAAUCUCAGCAUAGCAGUAUUUCUAAGACCUUUAGUAAAAGAACCUUUACUGGGUAACACUGAUGCCACAUCAAUAGUUCGUUAUUGUGCUGAAAUUGCUACAUGUUUAGGCUGUGUAGGUUUUGGAUUUUUUCAACAAAUCCAAGAAAUUUUAGCUCAAGGUCUCUCUGGCUUUUUAUACAGUUUAACUACAAGUCCAACUAAGACUAUGUUUAUUUUAUCUUGCAUUUUCAUUCUAUCUUGUAUUCCUUGCCGAGUUCUUGAAGAUAGAGAGACAGAAGAUAUACUUUUAGUCAUGGCUAUUCCUGGAUCUUGGUUUUAUCUCAUUUUUUUUGCAGGGGCAGUUAGAUUAACUGGACCAUUUGUGACUAUGAUUUAUAGCAUGCUUGUGGGGGACAUGUUUCGAUUCAGCAUUAUAUAUACAAUUUUCCUCUUGGCUUUCACACAAGCUUUUUAUUUUUUAUUUAAGACUGAUAGACUUGAUAAUAAAAAGAGAUUUUCUAGUUAUCCUGUCACAUGGAUGGGGCUUCUUCAUAUGACCUUGGGAUCUUAUGAGUAUGAAGAAUUUCGAGAAACCUAUUAUAAGAUGUUAACACAAUUAGUUUUUGCACUCUUUAUGGUUUUCAUGCCAAUUUUAUUAUUGAACAUGCUGAUUGCUAUGAUGGGGAACACAUACUGUGAAGUUAUUACCCAAUCAGAAAAAGAAUGGAUGAAACAGUGGGCUAAUACGAUUGUGGCAUUAGAAAGAGCCAUAGACAGCAAGAAAGCCCAAGAAUUCAUUCAAACUUAUUCAAUCAAAAUGCCUUCAACUGAUACGGAAGUACGAGGAGUUAUUGUCAUCAAAGCAAAACCAAAAUCAAAAGCAAAAGAGAAAAAGCAAGCACUUUCACUCUGGAAGCGAGUUUGUAAGAGAACAGUUCAAGAAAUUAGAAAACUACGUACUGCUGCUGAUGUUCGUAGACGAUAUAACUUAUUUCGAUCUAAGCAACCAACAGCUCGUUUACGAAUGGGGAAAGUUAUACUGGAAUGGAAUGCUCAGCCAAUUAGCCAAAAAAUUAACAAUAAAGAAAGUGGGAUUAAUGAUUUACUUUCUCAAGUCAAAUAUGCUUCUGGUCUUGAUACAGGAACUGUUGAUUCAAGAAAUUUGGCUAAACCAAUAGAAAACACACCAGCUAUAGGUCACUUAAAUGAUCAUAAUUUAAAUAAACCCUUUUUGAGAAACCCUACUGCUCUGCGUUUGGAAAGCUUACCUGUAAACAACUUUAUUGCAAAUGAAAGUAAAUCGCUAGUGAGCUUGCCUCUAAAUCAGUCAAAUGAAUCCUUGCAUUCAAAUCAAUUCCUCAUAAAUGAAGGUAAAUCAGUAAGUGUACAGACAAAGAACACAAAAGUGACAAAGGCGCGCAUUUCAAGAAAAAUUACUAUCUUUCAAAAAAGUGAAUAUGCUGAGAGUACAUCUGAAAAUGAUGCGAAGAAAAAACACAUUUUGAAUUUUAAAUCCAAACAUAAAAAAAGAAGAAAGAAGAAAACAGUCUAUUGAAUUCUUGCAUUCAAAUCAAUUCAUCAAUCAUCAUAAAUAAGGAUUACUCAGUAAGUGUCAAGAACACAAAAGGCUUGCUUUUCAUGGAAAAUUGCUAUUUUACAAAAAAAGUGAAUAUGAUGCAAUCCGAAAAUAAUGAAAAGAAAUGAACAAACAUUAAAUCCAAAGAUAAGAGAAACAAAUGUUUUUUUCUGGAAUUGAUAUAGAAAAGGAUUACUCUAAGUAUCCAUUCACAUGGUGAGAUGGCAGAUGAUUUUUCAGGAACUAAUUUUGUUAAUUUAGAACUGUUGUUUAGGGAAAAAUUUACAUUUCCUUCAUUCAGAUAUUUUACUUAUUCAUUUUAUCGCUCAUUUAAUUAUUAUUUGAUACACUUAAUGAUAUCUUAAGCACAAAAAUAUAAGAAAAACAAUAUGGUUGCACUUUAUCGAAUUUAAAACUUUCCACAUUGAAAUGUAACAAUGUAAACAACAAUGUAAGUUGGACUUCCAUUGGGAUUUAAAAUAUUAAAAUACUCAAAGAUGAAAAAACUACAAAAAUAUUUGUCAUAUAUUCAAUUCGUAAGCUGAUACCAGAGCAGGACUACUGACAUUUAUUGGUACACUCAUAUAACUGGCACCCUCAGUUUUUACUACUAAAAUAUUAAAUUCUGCGUUAAUUAAAAAGUUUUAAUUUGCAAUUAAAAUAUGAGUAGUAGUAUUACUUUAUUUACGUCACACUAAAGCUGCACAAUGGGCUACGAUCUGGGAAGCAUACCUGUAGAUGAUCCGAAGACACGCCAUUACCAUUUAGAUCCUUUACUAAGGGGAUGGCUCCUCCACUUUACAGUAGAACAGUUUAAAAAGGACCGAUGCUGAGCACCCUCAGUCCCUUCGCAGACAAAUCAAAGUGAACACCUACUCAUUCACUGACCGUUAUCAGUGAUACUUGUCCUUGGUGAUCUAUUGGGAACCACAUCUUAUGAUCACUGUGAGAUGGCAUCAUCAAGACCUUAUUCUAAAAGUUUUCAGCUUUUCAUAAAUUAUUGACAUCUCAAUAACUUUUUAUCCUAAAUUUUCUGGGCUAAUACUGGAUUUUGGAAAAAAUAUUUUUUUCUCCACUUAACAACUAAGUUAUAAUUUUUCAAAAAUAUUUUA